GGUGGGAUCUCAGUCAGAUAACGUUCUGGACCUGCCAACCUGUCCUGGCUACUGGCAUCUCAGCUCAACAUGUAUGAAGCUUUGCCUGGCCCUGCUCUUGAAAAUGAAGUUGGCUUUGUGAAAUUGAAGGAGGAAGAUCCCACCUGGGAGCAGGUGUGUAGUGCCCAAGAGGGCAGUUCCCACACUCAGGAGCUCUGCCGUUUGCGCUUUCGACAGUUCUGCUACCAGGAGGCUUCUGGGCCCCAGGAAGCUUUAGCCCAACUCCGAGAACUUUGUCAUCAAUGGCUAAGGCCAGAGAUGCACACCAAGGAACAGAUCCUCGAGUUGCUGGUGCUGGAGCAGUUCCUGACCAUCCUACCCAGAGACCUCCAGGCCCGGGUACAGAGGUAUCCUCUGGAGAGUGGGGAGGAAGUAGUGACAGUGCUGGAGAAUCUAGAAACCAGAAGUGGAAACAGAGGACACCAGCUGAAUGAUUAUGAUCUCUGCCUUCAUUCUGCGUAUCUCAAGAACAGGCCAGUGCUUUGCUGCAGACUAGCCCAUCUCCAGGAAGAAAGCCCCAGAGAUAAGUGAGCAGUGCCUGAGCUUAACCCAACCUGGACAUCAGUGAAGACUGAGGAAGAAACAGCCCAGGCCCCUGCCCCAUGGGAGUGGCCACAUCUGAGUCUGGCUCAGAGGAACCUCUGUGGGAACUCAACUCAGAGGAAGGUUGCAAGCCUCAGUCUAAUGACUGAAGAAGUUGUAACUAAAGAUGGAUUGUUUAAUGCAAAGCAAGAAACUUCUGAAGAAAUGGAACAAGGUCAGGCGAUCUCAGGAACACCCAACAGAGGUCAUGCACCCCACAUCCCCUGUACUCCGAUCCCUACUGAAAGGACAGUUACACAUUUGAACACUCUGAAGGACCAUCACCUGGGUGACUUGUGGGCCCAGACAUACAUCUCAUCCUUGGAAUAUUCUACAGGCACUAUGACCCGAAAAGGGAGAAAAAAAGACAAAGCUCGAGUGAAGGAACUACUCCAAAGCCUUGCAUUUUCUGGUGACUCAGACAUGGAGGAAGAUAAUGAGCCUGAGACCCAGCCUGCUCAAAAGAAGCUAAAAGUGCCAAGUGUCCCAGAAAAAAAUUGGACCAAAAGAGACAUUAAACCCAACUUUCCAAGCUGGUCAGCCCUGGAUUCUGGACUUCUGAAUCUCAAGAGUGAAAAGUUGAACCCAGUAGAGCUCUUUGAAUUAUUUUUUGAUGAUGAAACAUUCAACUUAAUUGUCAGUGAAACCAAUAAUUAUGCUUCUCAGAAAAGUGUCAGCUUGGCAGUCACAAUUCAGGAAAUGAGGUGUGUGUUUGGUGUUCUGCUUUUGAGUGGAUUUGUGAGGCAUCCCAGAAGGGGAAUGUAUUGGGAAGUCCCAGAUGCUGAUCAGAACUUUGUUAGAGAUGCAAUUAGAAGGGACAGAUUUGAAUCAAUUUUCUCAUACCUGCACUUUGCAGAUAAUGGCCACCUAGAUAAAAAAGAUAAGUUUACAAAACUGAGGCCUCUUAUAAAGCAAAUGAAUAAAAAUUUCCUCUUGUAUGCUCCCCUGGAAGAAUAUUAUUGGUUUGAUAAAUCAAUGUGUGAAUGCUUUGAUAGUGACCAAUUCCUGAAUGGAAAGCCUAUUAGAAUUGGCUAUAAAAUCUGGUGUGGUACCACCACACAGGGUUAUCUGGUUUGGUUUGAACCUCAUCAAGAAGAAUCAAGUAUGAAAGCAUAUGAAGAUCAUGGCCUUGGGUUAGGUGGAAAUCUAGUGAUGAACUUUGCUGAUGUUCUUUUAGAGAGAGGUCAAUAUCCCUAUCACCUGUGUUUUGAUACCUUCUUUACAAGCGUCAGAUUGGUGUCAGCCUUGAAGAAGAAGGGAGUGAGGGCAACAGGAAUGAUUGGUGAGAACAGAACAGAAAAAUGCCCCCUUAUGAAUGCAGAACAUAUGAAAAAAAUGAAGAGGGGGUAUAUUGAUUUCCAAGUGGAAGAAAAUGAUGAAAUAAUUUUGUGUCGUUGGUAUGGUGAUGACAUUAUCAGUCUGUGUUCCAAUGCUGUAGGCAUAGAACCAAUUAGUGAGAUAAAUUGUUUUGCCAAUGAUGAAGCCAUCCCUCAGAUAAGUCAGCCAUCGAUUGUGAAAGUGUACAAUGAAUGCAAGGAAGGUGUAGUUAAAAUGGAUCAAAUUAUUUCCAAAUACAGGGUGAGGAUAAGAAGCAAGAAAUGGUACUCAAUUUUGAUGAGCUACAUGAUUGAUGCAGCCAUGAACAAUGCAUGGCAACUACAUAGAACCUGUAACCCAGGUGACUCUCUAGACCUCUUGGAUUUUCGGAGAUGUGUUGCGCAUUUCUACUUGGAACACAAUGCUCAUCUGCCAGAUUAAA